CAUCGUGUCAGGUCAUAUCUGCCGGAGACGGAACUUCCUUGCGGCUGCGGCGGAGGCGACUCGUCAUUAAAGAAUCAUCGAAAAACAUGGUUUUUUGUCCAGCAGAAACAAUAACGUGGUCGCAUAGGUGCAAAAACACGAAAAAAAAUAUGUUUUCAUCUAUUAUACUCACUUCUUUUGUAUUUUUCUUAUGCAUGACGCUUUCUUUACAACAAAAUUCUGGCUUCGGCGGUCGAAGAACCUUGGUUUUGGUGGACAGUUGGUCUUUGAGAGAAACACAUUCGAUCUUCUUCAAAAUGUUGCGUGAUCGCCAUUUUGAAAUAACAUUUAAGACUGCUGAUGAUUCAAGUUUAGCAUUAACAAAGUAUGGCGAAUUCUUAUAUGAUAACUUGAUUAUUUUUUCUCCUUCUGUGGAAGAAUUUGGAGGCUCAAUUGAUGUGGCUGCCAUCACAAACUUCAUUGACAACGGUGGCAAUGUUUUAGUUGCAGCAAGUUCUUCUAUUGGUGACCCUCUACGUGAAAUUGCUACGGAAUGUGGUGUUGAAUUUGAUGAAGAGAAGACUGCCGUCAUUGACCAUUUGAACUAUGAUGUUUCUGAUGGAGGAAAGCAUACUCUCAUAGUUGCUGAUUCAAGCAAUUUGCUGGAUGCUCCAAUGAUUGUCGGAAAAAAAUCAACAGACCCCUUGUUGUUCCAAGGUGUUGGAAUGAUAGCUGACUCUGAAAAUCCUCUUGUUCUAAAUGUACUUCAUGGAUCUUCCACAGCUUAUUCUUUUAACCCAAACAACAAAAUCGAUGAGUUUCCCCAUGCUGUGGGCAAGAAUACUCUACUUAUUGCUGCUUUGCAAGCAAGGAACAAUGCCAGAGUUGUAUUUGUUGGCUCUCUAGAUUUUUUCAGUGACCAGUUUUUCACGGCGCCUGUUCAGAAAGCUAGUGAUGGAGUACGUGUUGAGAAAUCUGGCAAUCAAGAACUUGCAGGCAAUUUAGCUGAAUGGGUUUUGAAGAUGAAAGGAGUUUUACGAGUUCGCAAAGUAUCCCAUCAUAUUUCUGGCAAAACCACCCCACCUCCUGCAUAUACAAUUUUGGAUGAUGUUGAAUACAGUAUUGAAAUUGAAGAAUAUGCCAAUGGAAAGUGGCAACCUUUUGAGGCUGAAAAUGUACAAUUAGAAUUUGUGCGCAUUGAUCCAUUUAUUUGCCAUACUUUACAAGGGAAAGAUGGUAUAUUUUCAACUCGCUUUAAACUUCCUGAUGUUUAUGGUGUGUAUCAGUUCAGAAUAGACUUUAAUAGAAUGGGAUUCACACAUCUAUUCAGCUUGACUCAGGUAUCUGUACGUCCAUUAGAGCAUACGCAAUACGAAAGAUUUAUACCAUCAGCGUAUCCUUAUUAUGUGAGUGCAUUUUCUAUGAUGUUUGGUGUGUUCCUGUUAAGUUUGGUAUUCCUCCACUACAAAGAAGAUGUCAAAGAAAAAGACGAGUGAACAUAGCUAAACCAGUAGAAAGUAAAAUGACUCAUUCCAUUUCACAUUUUAUUACAUUUUCUUCAACUAAAAAAUUGUUAAUAAAAUUAAAAAAGUA